AGUAUAAGCCCUACUGCCCUAACCCAUUGAAAAUUUUUCCGUUACAAAAAUUCGAAUAGUUGCACAUAAACAAGCAAACUAUUUGAUAGAACUCUUUUUAAUUAUAAAUUCCAAUAUGUCACUCGUUGCUGAUUAUGGAUCAGAUAUAUCCAGUAGUGAAGAAGAAAAUGAUAUUCAAAAUAUAGAAACAGAAACCACAGUAACUACAGUAACAAAAAAACGUUCUUUAACUUCUUUACUUCCUCCACCAAAAAACAAAAGAAAUGGACCUGUCAAGAUCGUAGUUGAUUUACCAAAAUCUGUUAAAGACGAUGAGGAUGACAGUGAAAAGGAUCAAAGUUCAAAAAAAUCUAAGUCUAGUGGUAGUGAUUUAUUUGCUCUAUUGCCAGCACCAAAAAGACCAAUUACUGGCAAAGAACAAAAAUCGUCAACAAAUAAACCAACUGAUUUAGCUAAUAAGCCGACGACAGCAUCUACAAGUUUUGUUCCUCAUACACUUACAAAGCGAAAAUCCGUGGCACAAAAAAAUUCCAACUUAUCACAAACUGUUUCCAAGAUAAAAGGAAAAGAAGUAAAGGUGCAUAGCGAUGACGAAGAAACAAAAGACAAAGCUAAUUUUACGGAAUCAUUUUUUCCAUUAGGAGAUGAAAUAACGAAUAUAAUACCAAAUAAUGUGAUUGAGGACAAAUCCUCCUUUAAAACAACUAAUAAUUCAGAUAAGAUUAAUUCAUCCAACAUCGAAUCGACAGAAGAUUAUAAUGUGAAUGAUGAUUAUUAUUACAAUUACAAUUACCAAUGGGAUGCCGGUACAAAUUCAUAUAUGGAAUAUCCAGAUUAUUAUUACGAUGGGUCACAAUUACAACAACAAAGUAGUGAACAAGCGCAACCUGAUAGUCAAAUAGAUGAUGAAGUGAUUCAAAAAUUGGGAGGCAGAAGAGGUAAAGAGGGGCCAAUUAUAAUCAAAGAGAUAAAUGCAGCAGAUCAAAUGGCUGAUGCAUGGCAAGCUCAAAUGGGCGAAUUAACAAAACCUGGCAGAGGGGGAAGUGGAGGAACACAUUUUAAACCAACAAAAGGACAAAAAAGAAAACAUAAUCUAAUGUAUUUGGCUUAUCAGGCGGCUGCCAUGGAAAAUGAUUUGAAAGAACAAUUUGCAGCUAAUAAGAAAACAAAAAGAGAGACCCAGGCAAAAUAUGGAUUUUAAUAAAUUUGGUAUUAAUAAUUUAUCAGAUAAAACUUACAACACUAGAUUUGUGUUGCAUUGUUUUUGAUCAUUGCUAGAAGGCUGUAUGUGUUAUUACAGUCUUGCUAUUUGUUUUUACAUGUGCAUCCUAAUCGUUUCGGAGGACCAUGCAGUCUUUUUUUUGUAUAUAUUGUUGCAACAUAUUGAAUUAUUCAUAGUUAUUAAAACUGAAAGAACAUAUUUAUUAUUUAUAUGAUCUUGUUCUCACUAUUUAGGAUAAUAUCGAUAAUACAGUAUUUUAUCCUUUUGUAAAAAUCCAUCAAGGACAUUUAAUAUAGGGCAUAUUAUAAUAGAAUUUGCUGAAACGACUAUAUGAAAAUGCAUAGCUUUUCCAUGUUAAAAUUCUUUUUUCACUUGGUUUUCAGUCUAUUUUUACCAAAUUUAUAUUUAAUCUUUCUAAAUAAGGUAAAGUGGCU